AUGGGACAUCGAGUCCGCAUGGCGGGCAAGGAAAUGCUUGUUGCCCUUGUCGUCAAGAUACAGGGGAUCGCCCCCAAGGCAUCCCAGCCAUCUCGGGUCCAGUGGACUGAGCCCCCGUCUUACCAGGCCUAUCUGGGCGGCACGUCUGGUGAUUCAUCAUCCUGGGCCCGCACAUGGCUCGACUCGAUACGGGGGUCGAUGGGAGAGCAUGGGUACCUUGUUGUAAUCAGGGGAGACAACGUUCUGAGGAAGAGGUGGACGAUUCUCAAGACUUGGUCGUCUCGGGCCGCGGGGAGCUUCCCGGCGCCGAUCCCCAUCAAACUUUGCCCUGACUGGUUGGGCAAUGCACUAAAGGUACCUGGCGGCGGCUUGCCGGAUGCUGUCAAACUCUUCUCCCGUUCUAUGUACAGGUACUUUUCACACUUUCUCCACGGGAAUCUUGUGGCCUUCGUAUUACCCGCCUGCCAACCAGCUCUCCCCAAGCACAUCUGCCCUCCCAAGCACAUCUACGUCGUCAUGGUCUUCCCAAGUCUAUCCGAGGCUUCCAUAAUUAACAACAGCCUCACUCUCAGUCUCCCUAGGUCGUCUGAACGACAAUGCUGCCCGAUUCAGCCCUCCCUCUUGCGCCGCAUCUUCAACGCUUACGACAUCGAUGAAGCCCGACACGCCCUGAGACCUGACCGACUGGUAACAUCAUCCUCGCCGCCCAUCACGAGCAUUGGGAAUCGAUCUCAUGUCACUUAUUCACUUCCUCAAUCGGGACAUCCCGAGGAGCUUCUUCUGCACGGUAAUUGCCUUACCUACACCCUAUCGGUCAAUCCCGCCUUGCCCUGCCCAGGUGCCAUUGUCCUUCCCCACAACGUCUUCUCCUGGCGAACCUUUCACUUGCUCCCCCACACAAUGUGGUCACAGCUUCACACCACACCUUUCAUCUUGAGGGCGCCGGUCAUGUCGUGCUUCUACUUGCUUCCAAUCACUACACUUUCCCCUGAUAUGGGACCACACUAUAUCACCUUCCGAUACGUUGUACAGCCCCUUCUCGGGCUGUCGUUUAUGUACCGCUCGGGGCCUGGUUCUGCAUUGUACAUGUACCGGUACUUCGUUCCACCAACCGUUCCCGAGGGCCCGUCUCGCUUCCCUUGGAACGGGAAUAGCUGGGCCCGCAAGGCACGGACGCAGCCCCCCCGAUGUCACUACUGGGCCCGAAGACGGAGAGUCGAGAUCAGCAAAAAGCAAGGAGACAGAGACACGGCUAGAGGGCCAAGAUCGCUGGGCACAUCCCUCUGGAAGGAGAAAGGCAUCCCAAGUCUGACCCCGGUAUCAUACCCGACCCCCGCCAUGCCAUAUUACCAGAGGUAUGACAUGCUGUACGAAUAG